AUGGACACUUCACAAAUUCAGGCAACACUUGAUCCAAACACGUAUCAAGAACUAGAAGCUUUGCGUGGUAAAUUAUGGUCACUUCAAGAAACAUUUUCCACACAUUUAGCGUCGUUAACGGAACCUCGGUACCCUUUUAAUUGGCCUGAUCUGUUAAACAAGUUCAACAUGUUGACAGCCAAAUUCGCCUCUUUAUCUGAAGAUUUCUACAGCUACACCGAAACAGGAAGUAAUGCAACCUUACCAAAACUCAUGCUGCAUCCUUAUAUACCCACCACCAAAGAAAGCGACACGAAUAUCUUGAGUGUUUUACUCCGUACUAAACUCAUUCCAGACAUUGAGAAAUUGGAAGCCGACACACAGGCGACCAUCUCGCUCGAGCUGCUGGCUGAUAAUCAAAACCAGCUGAAUAAAAAUAUUGACGAUGAGCAAUUAAUCCAAUCCCAACUGAAACAAUGGAAUCAGUUACUUCAACGUCAUGAUAGAUUAGCAGUGGAUGCGACUCAGUUUGUCACGGAAUUAGCAAGUGAUCAUCGACCUAAUUUUAUGUUGCGGUACGAACACUUAGUGGAUGAGUCCGAAGAGGAAUCAGAUCAAGAGGAAGAAGAAAAGGAAUGGGAGAAAAUGGGCUUCCCUUCCGAAGAUGUUUGGAAGAAGUGGAAGUUGGAAUGUAUCAUGAAUUUUUAUAGCAGUGGUAAAACUGAAGUGGUUGGCAGUGAUGUAAAAAAAUUAGCUACGGCCGUGAAAAAAUAA